AUGAUCAAGAAGAAGUUAGAGGACCUUUUGGAAACAACGUCUAAUGAUGAAAUCACCGGUCCAAUGAAGGCGUGGGUGUAUAACCACCUCAUCAUUAGUAAGAUGUCAUGGGGGUUUACUGUUUAUAACCUACCCAUCACAUUUGUGAGAGAGCUUGAGGCACUGUGUAACAGAUACCUUAAGAAGUGGCUAGGGAUUGCGCAUCCUUGUACCACCACCGUCCUCUACAGGAGUAGAGACCAGAAAGGAUUGCAGCUGAAAAACAUCUGCACUGAGUACAAAGUCAUCCAACUUAUUAAGGGACACCAACUUUGUAACUCAAGUGACCCCUACAUCAAAAAAGUGUACUCUAACCAUAAGGCUAUUGCAGACACACAGAAGAUGUGGUCUUAUCCCAAAGAGCUGAAAGACCGUCAGCGCCAACUUUACUUCCAAGAGUUAGUUGGAAAACCUGCAGUUGGUACAACUGGCCUCGGGUAUGGGACAAGAUAUGAGGACACAUCAGAGAGGAAACUGCUAACCAACAUGGUGAGGACCUUUGAUGAAGAGACACUUAUUUGUUCACUUUUUGACAAAAAGCGGCAAAACCUCUUUCUCACAUGGGAAAAUACAAUGACAUUUGACACCACGUGGAAUAACUUGAUCUAUCAACUUAGUCCGGAACUGUUAAAGUUUCAUGUCAAUGCUAUUCAUGACACUGCGUCAACACCUAGCAACCUAAAGCUUUGGAAUAAAGCCGUUUUAGGAAACUGUAAACUCUGCAGCAAACAAGGGACACUCAAUCAUAUCCUGACGUUCUGCAAGGUUGCACUAAGACAGGGACGUUUCAACUGGCGCCAUGAUCAGGUCCUACGUGAAAUCAUGAAGACCGUUUCAUCACAGAUUGAAGAGUUUAAUUCCGACAUCGCCAAGGAAUCGAAGAGGGCACCGUCGGUCUUUCACAAGGCAGGCAAUAAGCGCGAGAAGGUUACCUUAGCUGACCCAACUCAUCAUAAGACCCAAAGAUAUUUCUUUUCAGAUGCCAACGACUGGAAGAUAAUAUUUGAUGAGGAUGAGAGACAGAGGAACUUCCCGCAGCACAUUGCAGCUACACCACUAAGACCUGAUGUAGUGAUCUAUUCAGAUAAAGCAAAGAAGGUUUAUCUAAUGGAGCUGACUUGUGGAAAUGAGCAGAACUUUGCUGAUCAAGAGAAGCGAAAGAUGAAGAGAUAUCAGCAGCUGACAGAAGAGAUAGAAGCCAACGGAUGGGCUUGCAAGCUCCAGACAGUAGAAGUGGGAGCUCGAGGCAUUUACAACUAUAGCCUCCCAACCUUUAUGAACCACCUGAACGUAAACAACAAAGAGAAGAAGAAGGCCUGCAUGAAGAUCGCUGAGAUCAGCCUGAGGGCAUCGUAUACCAUCUAUUUGUCCAGAAACAAUACCAUAUGGACAGAUGAUUGGGAGUUAGUCAAGAGACCAGUAAUAGCAUAG